CUGCCCAGAGCACCAAAGGUCCUGUGGCUGGAAAGACUCAGGCUGUUUCUCUUGCAGGUCAGACUGCUCCCGGUGCCAUGAACGGAGACAACACCUUUGCAAGGAGACCCAGGGAUGAUGCUCAAAUAUCAGAGAAGAUACAAAAGGCCUUCGAUGAUACUGCCAAAUACUUCUCUAAGAAAGAGUGGGAAAAGAUGAAAGCCUCAGAGAAAAUCAUCUAUGUGUAUAUGAAGAUAAACUAUGAGGUCAUGACUAAACUAGGUUUCAAGGUCACCCUCCCACCUUUCAUGUGUAGUAAACGGGCUGCAGACUUCCACGGGAAUGAUUUUGAUAACGAUCGAAACCGCGGGAAUCAGGUUGAACAUCCUCAGAUGACUUUCAGCAGGCUCCAGAGAAUCUUCCCGAAGAUCAUGCCCAAGAAGCCAGCAGAGGAAGGAAAUGAUUCGAAGCAAGUGGCAGAGGCAUCUGGCCCACGAAAUGGUGGGAAACAGCUGUGCCCCCCGAGGAAACCAAGUACCUCUGAGAAGAUUAACAAGAGAUCUGGACCCAAAAGGGGGAAACAUACCUGGACCCACAGACUGCGUGAGAGAAAGCAGCCGGUGAUUUAUGAAGAGAUCAGCGACCCUGAGGAAGACGACGAGUAACUCCCCUCAGGGAUAUGACACAUGCCCAUGAUGAGAAGCAGAACGUGGUGACCUUUCACGAACAUGGGCAUGGCUGCGGACCCCUCGUCAUCAGGUGUAUAGCAAGUGAAAGCAAGUGUUCACAACAGUGAAAAGUUGAGCAUCAUUUUUCUUAGUGUGCCAAGAGUUCAAUGUUAGCGUUUCCGUUGUAUUUUCUUGCAGUGUGCCAUUCUGUUAGAUAUUAUCCUUUUCAUUGAUGAGCAAGACAUACUUAACGCAUUUUUCGGUUUGCGUAUCCAUGCACCCACCUCAGAAAACAAGUAUAGUCAGGUAUUCUCUCCAUAGAACAGAACUACCCUCCUUUCUCCCCAGAUGUGACUACUGAGGUCAGGUCUGAGUGUAUAAUUUCGGAUUUUUUCCUCUGCAUUUACACCACACAGACACACACACACACACACACACACACAUACACACACACACACACACACACCAAGUACCACUAUAAGCAUCUCCCAUCUGCUUUUCUCCAUUGCCAUGCAUCCUGCUCAAGCCCCCCUCACUCCGUUUCCUGUUCAGCAUGUACUCCCCUCAUCCGAUUCCCCUCUAUCAGUCAUUGACAGUUAAUAAACAUUUGCAAACGUUCCCCA